AUGAAGUGGCUGCCGUUGCCCAAAAUCGCUCAUGGAAUAGCCAUUUACCCUUUUACACCUUCUGCCAUUCAUCCUUCGCCAUCCACUUCCACUUCCCGACCUCCGACAACUUACUCGACGCUUUAUUCACCUUUAUUAUCGCCACAAACUGACACGGCUUCCAUUCACACCACCGGAUCCUCGUCAUCUUAUCGUACCUCCGACCAUUGCUCUGCUAAUGCUGCUGAUUAUUCCCACCUGAUUCCUUUGGAAGUCGGAGACGAACUAUUCAUCUUUGAACAACAGGACGCUUGGUACAGAGGUUAUGUUGUAUGUGCCUUGGAAGAAGGCAGGAAACCCAAUGCGGCUCCUAUUGGGUGUUUUCCCCGAUCUCACGUUCAAAUCAAAGAAUAUCUUGAUAUCGACCCAAACGAAGGUGACACCGUUGUGAUACGCCGUCCAGAUUCCGGUGUCAUGGAUACUCUUUCACCUUCCUUAUUACCAGAGCUACCGAGCCUUGCCCGAUCGUUUUCCGAAUCGCACAUUCAAACGCCUCUCAAGAUCAAGCAGGAAGAAUUGAUUCCUGCUCGCCCAGGCAGCUUGGGCGAUUUGGGCUUGGAAUUUGAUGCAUCGACGACCAACCCUAUGUACAGCGGCAACAAUAGCACGACCCCCACCAACUUGAAACAUCGUCACUUCACCCCACCUCCUCUUCCUUUGGCACGCUUUGAUCAAUCGACGGUGACGGGCGUUAGCGAACCUUUAAUUGAUGAAAUUGGAGCGUGUGUCAGUGAAUGGAACAGCAUGCUUUACACUUACUUGCAGCAGAGUAAAUAUACUUCGUUCAAAUCGGUGCGUGAUCACAUUAAUUAUCUAUUUCAGGCACGGCGACAACUGCUGGAUCAAGCCUUGUCGAGAGAAGAACUUGCCAGAUUAAGAAAAGAAAUCAUCUACAAAAUGGUCAUCAUGAAUUUAUCGCAGAACAAGGAAAUUAUUAUUCGUCAUCCUGAACGUGGUUACCUCCUCGACGCCAAUACCGCUUCUCUUGCCACUCUUUAUCGUAUGCAUUGGAAAUAUGCCAACCUCGAACAUGCUGCUACGACCCAAUCCUUUUCCUCUUCACCUACUUCGGCCUACGCUUCCUCUCGUUUCAGUUUAACCGACGCUUCGUCCCCCACUCGUACCUCUUCCCAUUCCACUUCAUUUCAUGAUCCAUUCAGCUCUUCGGCUUCAAUGUCUUCCUCUUCCACCAAUCUGACCGGAGGCACCCCUUCCGCUGCUGCCAAAGGCGCCAAAUUCCAUCAUCUCUUUUUCGAACUGAAAGCUUGCAUCGCUCACAUUUGUCAGCCCGGGGAGCAUGCCGAACUGUACUUCUCUCUCUAUACCAAAGCCGAAAAGAAAUUCGUCACGGAACAAUUCGUUGUCAUUCUCAACGAUAACGGGAUGCCCAAGGAUGAAAGUCAAAUAGGCAAAUUGCAGACAUUGUUUGCCGAUUUAUCCGCCCAUGAUUUGAAUGAUCAGCUUUACCUUGUUUGCCGCGUGGUGCGCUUGGGUGGGAUGAAGUUUGUUGACAAGGAAAAAGAUCAUUUGGGAACCAUUGGCAGCCACGCAUCCAUGAUCUUUGGUAGCGGCGACAGUCACCGUAUGAUGAGUUACUUUGAAAACGCAGGGAGUCAACGCAAUCCAUCAUCAUCCUCAACGACCUCCACCGUUACCUCAAGUAGUCAUUUGUGCCGUCGACCUUUUGGAUGCGCCGUGCUUCAUCUCGGUCCGUUGCUGCAAAAACCCGAACAGGAUGGAGGCCUCAUUCCGUCUUCGGUCGGAUGGGGGUCUGUAUCUCACAUGAAUGCACCCAACGUUUUCACUCCUACGGGGGCCGCCGCUAUCACCACCACGACCUCGAUGCAUCAACAAAUGGCAGAACACGAUAUCCGUAUUUAUACCGCCGCUUCCGAAUCUUCGUUUGCCACGCUUCACGAAGACAUCAUCAAUAACAACGUCAAAGAGUUCACCAAACAUCCUCGAGCCGAAGCGCUUUGCGUGUACCUUCGCAUGUUUUACGGUCAAUUGGAUGAUGUUUUGAAAACAAAUGCUGCUAUCUUGGCCGAUGUCCCACGUACCGCACGGUUGGGAUUUCCCGAUGUCGUGUUUCCCGACGACGAACGGAACGAACUCUACAUCACUUUGCAAUCGGGCGAUUUUGCUCAAUUUGGCCGGUCACGCAACAUCCAACUGACACUGUGCGUUCGCGACAACAUCUCAGGCGAACCGGUAGAGAACGCGUUAUCGGCCGGUGCAGGAGCUCCCUCCACAACGUAUUGGGACAGUAUAAUACUGUACCAUGACCAGCGUCCCAAGUGGGCCGAAAUGGUCAAGGUCAAGAUCAGCGAUCUUCGUCUUUGGGAACGGUCGCACGUUUUUAUUACGGUCAAACAUCGAAGCAGUUAUGGUACAGCCACACAGUCAGGCACAGGUGCGGCAUCGCGACCGUCGGGUGAUCAUACGCCCACGGCCGGAACCGGGGUCUCUUCGACGCACGAUAAAAUCAUCGCCAUUGGAUUCCUGCCGCUAUUCUUGCCACCGUUGCAUCGAGACUUUAUUGCUGACGGUUCGCAUACCCUUUACCUCUACAAAUACGAUCGUCAAUUACCGCAUCCUUCCAAUUACAUCGAUGCUGUACCGUGGUGCUACCGAUCGUCCUCCCCGUCCAACAUGCAGGCAUAUGAGAACACGAAUGGCCGAGCGAAUCAGCCACGAGCACGCGUAGGACAUCAGAAUUCGCAAUCGGGCAGUUUCAAAGGAUCGAUCGGCAAUCACACGGCGGGUGGAUUCAGCUCAAGUUCGAUCUUUCAUUAUGGCAGUAACAACAACAGCAAUACCAGCAUCCAAGAUGUCACGUCUUCCGGAACCAAUACCCCUACAGUGGUCGCAGGGAAACUGAGCACCGUUCGCGAUACCCUUACAUUGACCACCUUUUUAUGUUCUACCCGAUUCACGCAAAACAAAACACUCGUCAAGCUACUCAACUGGCGAUCGCUGCUGAAUGAGGAUACCAACGAUGCUGAAGAGUUACUGGCCGUGCUGGACAAGUUUACGUUUGUUGGAGAAAUGGAAGUGGUCAAAUUCCUGGGUGAUAUAUUUGAUGCUUUACUGGAUAUCCUGGCCUUCCGUCACGACAAUGUUGAAAUGCAGGAAAAACUCAACGAUCAAGCAUUGGCCGCGAUGAUUUGGGUGCUGGGGAUUGUGCAAGAUCGCCGUUUCAGCAAUUUUCGUCCCGUCCUCGACGUUUACAUUGACCACCGGUUCUCGACUUCGACGUCCAACGCAUCGUUGUCUUCAUCGGACGACGCCUUGUCAAGUACUAAACCGCGUUACUUGUUGGGAAAAGUCGAACUCACCUGCGACGAAAUGUUGAAAGGCAUGCUCCGAUUAUGUGCGAAUCCCGGCGAUCCGAGAAAAGCGAAACGAUUGCGCAGCAGCAUGAAGGUGUGGGACUACCUCUUCCGAUUCAUUGUACGCUCGCGAUUGCUGCAGCAACAAAACGAAGAGGAAGGAGAACGUGGACUGCGUGAUAUCAUGUUUAAAGACGAACUUCAGCAACUGUUGGAUUUGAUCACGCAGAUAAUGAACCCAGACCAGCCCAAUGCCAUGAUCGGUACUCAGACCCUCGCUUUGCAACAUUUUGCAGAUAUUCUUACCGAGCUGCGACGCAUUUUUUCGUCCCGACAACUCGUGGAGAUCGCUACCAAAUUUGUCGAUGCGUGUUCGCAUGUCACCGGCAAACUGGUCGGAUUCAAACUGUGCAUGAUUCUCGCUAUCGUGAAAGGGCCCGUGUUCAACGACAGUACUUGCCGAUCGGGAUUAGCCAAGAACGUGUUCAAGUGGGUGAAAAUGUGGCUCAACUCGUACAUGGCCGUGGCCAAGGAUGUCAUCUUUUCUCUUCACAACGACGGCAACGAUCAGGAUCAUUAUCAACAGACUCGACUACCUCGCGUCCAGUGGCUGGAGAACCUCCGAUUAUCGUUAACGAUUAUGAGUGAAGUUCUGGAUAAAGUGCGAAAAUCGUGUGGCAUGUCUACGUCGGGUCUUUCGUCUUCCACGAUUUCUUCUCCUUCCCUCAGUACCAUAUCACGACCGAUUUCCAUGGCGACCAGUGGCGGUGGGGAUGACGAGACAUUGGAUGAACCUCAAGUGGAUCUAAUGACUAUCACCGAAAUUGCCUUGCAGCUUUUACCUCAGCUUUUGAAUUGCUACAAGGACCUUCAGCGAUUGGUGCGUCAAGCCGUACAAGCAUCUGGUAUGCCGUACGGUGUGCUGUCCACAGGUAUCGAAACGUCGCAUCCGUUAUCGCGGCCCAGCUCAUCCCGGAAUUCACUCAACGUUCUUCGCGAACGCGGCAAUUCGUUUGGCCAGAAAACGAGUAACGUAGGAGAUGGACAUGAAGGAGGUGGAUCGAAAUUUUCCGUGGUACUGCAAGCACUUGCGACGUCGCCCAUUUCACCUUUUCCUUCGAGUUAUCCUUUCCAAUCUUCGAAUUCCAAGAACACGUUAUUGUCUGUUGGCAACGAUCUAGCCGCGAUGGUGACUACUGGAUUACUGGAUUUGACGGUGGUCCUUUUGGAGCUCUUUUAUCUCACACCGCGUCAGCAAUGGGUUUGUUUUCUGCGUUCGAUGCAUGCCCAGGAAGGCACGGAUGCCACGGCGGAAUUCUUGCGAAAGGUGUGUCAUGUAUGUUCGGCCAUCUUGUUUGGCGAUGAUUUCCAGAUUCUUGAAAGUUCGAGUGGCACGAUGGAAGGUUUGGACCGUUGCGAAGACGAUACGACAAAAGAAACACGCAAGUUGCCCCAUCAAUGGCUGAAUCUCGAUAUCAUUUCGCAUCAGAUUGUCUUGUGCAAUAUCCUUGCUCCUGUCAUUGACAUCUUUGAAAUGGAGGCGUUUAUUCCUCCGCUUGAUGAAAGCGACGAUCCACCCACCGACUCGGCGACAUUACGGCUGUGGAAAACCUUCUUUGUCACGUUUUUGCGCGCCAUUUCCAGCCAUCAAUUGGAGAUCGAAACAUACUUACCCCAAUCGCAACGAGCAAUCUGGAAAAUUGCAGGCAAUAUGAAGGGAGCGGUGGGAGCGAGAACGUUGUUAACCCUGUGGGCCUUGGCUGGACCAAAACAUGGCCGCAGUGACGAGCACCGUAGACCGGAACUGUUAGCUUACUUUGGACGAAGGUCAACGUAUGAACCGAUCGCGGAAGAGGAGCAACCGGCGUCCGUGGAUGAAGAGAAGAAGGAAGCGAAAUCGUCGCCGAUGUCUGAACCACGGCCUUCGAGUACGGCCAGCGACCCGGACGCGUUGGCUUUGAAGAUGAUGGUAGGUCACAUCCGAAACGAUCGUUCUCGACGACGCGGCGAUCGCUUGUCGCAAUUGCAUCCCCGUGAUUCCAACUUAGUGCCUACACCUGAGGUCUCGUUUCUUCAAAUCGAUCUGAUGCCGAUCAUUGUUCGACCUCUGUGUGCGGCAAGUUUGACCCAUCAUGACCGGAUGCGAUCGGCAGCUAUCCAGGUGAUUGCUGACAUCAUUACCAUUGAACUGUCCCUCGGUGAACUACCCCGCGUGACGCAUUUGUUGAUUGGUACCAUGGAUCGAUUGGUCAUGUCAGAAAAUAAGGGCAACGAAACCAUUGUCGCGAAAAUGAUUCCCGAAUUGGAGUAUGCUCUAAGCAAGAAGUUGCAUGCUCAAAACACUGACCACUUGAUCGAAACCAGCAAACAAACUGUGGAAUCCUUGCGCAAUUUCUUGGAAUUGUUACUGCAAAUUCGAAGUUUGCCGAUGGAUAAUGACGAAUUUAUGGACGAACGAAUCAAUGCGACUUUGAAACUCAUGAAGUUCAUCCAGGUGAUCGAAAGAGAAGAGAUCUACAUCAAAUACGUGCAUCAACUUGUUCAAUUGCACGUGGACUCGCACAAUUAUGUGGAAGCGGCGCUGACCUUACGUUUCCAUGCCGAUCUGUUACGAUGGGAUCCCUAUGAAGAAUUGGAAGUAUUGCCUGACCUCGAUUUUCCGCAACAAAGCUCGUUUGAACGGAAAGAAGCACUCUACUGGACCAUGAUUUCGUACCUUGAGCGAGGCAGUGCAUGGGAAAUCAGUGUGCAGCUGUGCAAAGAAUUGGCGCACGAAUACGAAUACACCGUAUUCAACUAUCACAAGUUGAGCGAAGUUUUACAGCGUCAAGCCAAACUGGUGCAGGAUAUUGUGGAGAAGGAAAGGUACUUUACGGAGUACUUCCGAGUCGGGUUCUAUGGUCGUGGAUUCCCAGCAAGUGUACGCAACCAUCAGUUCAUUUACCGAGGACUGGAAUGGGAAAAGAUGUCGUCCUUUGUGGAACGUAUGCAAAACCGCCACCCGAACGCGCAAUUGCUUUCAGGAAAGCUGGCGACCGCUGCGGUGUUGCCUGAGGACCAACUUCGAGAAUUGGAAAGUGGAUUAGACGAGCAGUAUUUGCAGAUUACCGCUGUGAUACCAGAACCGGCGCCAGGAUCGGUAUCCGACGAUGCAUCCAAUACAAAGCACGCCCUUGCCUCGGAUAACAUCAAAAAGUACUAUCAAUCCAAUGAGGUAUCCCGAUUCACAUUUUCGCGACCAGUGCAUAAAGGAACCCAGCCAUCCGUUGAGGAUGCAAGCAAGCCCGAAUCCGACUUUUUGAAUCUGUGGACAGAAAAGGCGGUGCUCGUGUGUGAAGAGAGCUUCCCUACAAUUGCGCGACGAUCCAAGAUUGUGAGCAUUACGGUAAAGGAAGUCUCGCCAAUCGAAAAUGCCGUCGUUGCGAUGGAGAAUAAAAAUCGCGAGCUAGAGGAAUUGCAAAAGAAAUACAUGGUUUACGUUGUCCAAUCCCGCCCACCUUCCGGUCCUAUCAAUAUCAAUCCUUUUUCCAUGGCUCUCAAUGGCGCGGUGGAUGCUCCCGUCAACGGCGGUGUCCCGCUUUACAAGAAAGCAUUCCUUACCACCGAGUACUGGGAACAACAUCCCGAUAUGCGGCCUUGGAUUGGCCGACUGCGUGCAGCCAUUGAUGAUCAGGUGCGUAUUAUCAGCGACUGUCUAGAUACCCACAGCAAAAUCGUUAGUCCUGAAAUGCGGCCGUUUCACAAUACUCUUAUCGAUUUUUUCAAAAAGAAUUUCGCCCAAGAAAUCAAGCGAAUGGAUCAGGCCAAACACACAGAAGAAGAGGGUAGUAGCUCAAGGAAAUCGUCCGCCAAAGAAACCAGCGAACGAAUUCCACUGGUGCGACAAGGUUCGAGUGCUCAACUGCAUAGUCCAAGCCUGACACUUCCUAUGAAUUUACCCAUGUCACCGAUCAGUCGAGCCUUUUCCAUCUGUACGCCUGUCACCGAAACACCACCACCGUUCGAUGAUCCGGUUGAACAUGGCACCAUGUCCCGUGCAGAAAGUAUAUCACGUAGUCUGAAAAUGUCGCUGCGGAAAAAGUCUCGCAAGAGAUCCAUAAGCGCAGCCGUGGCCGCUAAUAAUAUGAAAUCCUAA